CGGAAGUGCAGUGUUGUACAGGUGAUGGGGGUUUGGAGAAACACAGGAGAAAAUGACAGUGCAACUGGUUCUUGGAGUUGGAUGAUUGAAACAUCAAUGGCUUUAACAGAGUUCCAAUGGACCACUUUGGGGGUUCGUUUUGGUCUGCAUAUGGCACUGUUGGUGUUUUCUGGCUCACUCUUGGUUCUCCUACUUCCGAUCGGUAGUCUGGAAGAUCAGUAUCGGGCUGCUUUAAAAGUGUUGCUGCAGUUUAAUUUGUGGGGUGGUGAUGGACGUGCCUACUCCUACACAGGACAGACCACAGGUCUUGCUGUAGCUUCAACGGCGUUUGAUCUCCUGGUUUUGAAGCCGAAACCCACAUCAGAUGCCAGAUUUGAAGCCAGAGCUGCCCUCAACCAGGCACUAGAAAUGAAACGCCAAGGGAAGAAAGACAAAGCACAUAAACUUCUCCUUCAUGCUCUGAAUAUGGAUCCAGAUCAUGUGGAUGCUUUGAAUGAACUUGGUAUCCUUCUAGAAGAAGACAAAGACAUUAUCCAGGCAGACUAUUUGUACUCCAAGGCUCUUGCAAUCUCUCCUCACAAUAAAAAGGCUUUGAUAAACCGUGAUCGGACACUGCCCCUAGUCGAAGAGAUAGAUCAGAGAUAUUUCAGUAUCAUUGACAGCAAGGUUAAAAAAGUGAUGGCCAUUCCUAAAGGUAAUUCAGCUUUGCGUAGGGUCAUGGAAGAGUCUUAUUAUCACCACAUCUAUCACACAGUAGCUAUCGAAGGAAACACCCUGUCAUUGUCUGAAAUCCGUCACAUCAUUGAAACACGCUAUGCAGUUCCAGGCAAAAGUCUCGAAGAGCAGAAUGAGGUUAUUGGAAUGCACGCUGCCAUGACAUAUGUGAAUACAACUCUGGUGUCUAGGGUAGGAUCAAUAUCUAUUGAUGAUCUUCUCGAGAUACACAGGAGAGUACUGGGUUAUGUGGAUCCUGUUGAAGCUGGACGAUUUAGGACUAACCAAGUUUUUGUAGGUCAUCAUAUCCCACCUCAUCCUAGAGACGUUGAGAAGCACAUGCAAGAGUUUGUACAAUGGCUAAACUCUGAUGAUGCAAUGGGCUUACACCCUGUAGAGUUUGCUGCUCUAGCACAUUAUAAACUGGUUUAUAUCCACCCAUUUGUGGACGGUAAUGGAAGGACUUCUCGCUUGCUCAUGAGUGUUAUUUUGAUGCAGGCAGGGUACCCUCCUGUCACAAUUAGGAAGGAGCAGAGGUCGGAAUAUUAUCACGUUUUGGAACUAGCAAAUGAAGGUGAUGUCAGACCUUUCAUCAGAUUUAUUGCCAAAUGUACAGAGACCACCUUGGAUCUUCUGUUGAUAGCUACAGCAGAACAUCCAGUGGGUCUUCCAGAGCCCAAUCCCAACUUCUCUGGGUGCAAGCAAACUAUUCCAGUGAAGACUUGAACGUAAGAACUUGUACACUAAUGCCUUAAAUGUUCACAUCUCCAGGGAUGUAUUACUCAGAAAAUUAAUUUCUAACAUCCCCUUAAUUUAUUUCCUUUAUGUAGUGUGGGUUUUAAACAGUGCUUCACCUUACCUGAUAGGCUGCGUAUAAAGUAAUGUGUCACUGCUGUCAGAGGCCUUUCUACAAGUUAUGUAUGGAACAAACAUAUACAUGAUUUUCCAAGCCUCAUAACCAUUUAUGCACCUUACAUAGUAAAAGGUCCCUGUUUCUGACUCCAUUCAUGAUAUUUAUUAUAACAUGCACUUUAGAUAAAUCUCUGCACACAUACACUCUGUGAGAAGAUAGAGAGAGAAUCAGUGCUUCCAACUAUCCCGCCAAAUUUUGUGUGGCUUGUGCAUGCAUAGUGCACAAAUGCCUUCCUUGCAAGUUUAUAGCACGAAAAAUAUGAAUAAUGCUACUCUGCAAUUUAAAGGAUCAAUAUAGGGUCAGGAACACAAACAUGUAUUCCUGACUCUAUAGUGUUAAAACCACCAUCUAGCCCCCCUGAACCUCUCAUGCCUCCAUAAAUAUAGCAAAAUCUUACUGUAUUCAAGCCUGAAGCUGUAACUCUGUGUGCUGUUUGACUCAGAAAAACAAGCAGUCUGCUGACCUCAUCAGAAGUGGUAGCCUGAUCCAAUCACAGUGCUUCCCCAUAGGAUUGGCUCAGACUGACAAGGAGGCAGAUCAGGGGCAGAGCCAGCAUGAUUCAAACACAGCCCUGGCCAAUCAGCAUCUCCUCGUAGAGAUGAAUUGAAUCAAUAAAUCUCUAUGAGGAAAGUUCAGUGUCUGCAUGCAGUGCAGUGUCUGCACUGAAUGUUUGGAUGCAUUUUAGACAGCCAUGACCCAGAAAAUCAGCCAGGACUUAUUUAAUUUUCACAGCACUCCAGUUGAAAAUCUAGUGACCAGGACUGCGAGAGCACUUUCUGGUCUGCAGAUCCAGGGCAUAUGCAGAAAAAAAGUACAAUUAAGAGAUCACCAUCUUUUAUAUAUGUAGUGGUUUGUGAGGGGGGGUCACAUCCAGACUAGGGAACCAGGGAUUAAACAUUGUAUUUUCCUCUCCUGCAAAGUAUUGCUUUAUUCUGCAGCUUAUCAGCUCUUCAUCAAACCCUAUAUUCCUGAACUAACUGUAAAUGUUAAGUCAAAAGAAAAACAACUAAAGGUAUUAUAUUUCAAACCCUUUCAGAGCCAUUAAAUAUUUAUUUUCUUGUUAACCAUGAUGUUUAGCUCCUUCAAGACCGGUAUUGAAACAGAUUUUGGCUAACCCUGGUUGUGAUGGGAUUAAUUACUUUUUUUAAAUUACUUUUUCCACUUCUUCAAGGCAAAUAUUAGAACUUCCUGUAUAGUAAUUGCCUAUAAUUUUCCCAGCAGCAGUUUUGAUAGAUUAUUUUAUUGGUUACAGUC